AGGGAUAGACACGAGGGGGGGAGAGAGAGUGGAGAUGUUCAAGUUCUUGAAGGGAGUGGUGGGCGGAUCUGGGACGGGACCUAAGGAUCUGCCCUACAACAUCGGCGAGCCGUACCCGUCCGCCUGGGGCUCCUGGACUCACCAACGCGGCACCUCCAAGGAAGAUGGAUCGUCUGUAUCAAUUUUUUCUCUUUCAGGAAGUAGCAGUCAAGAUGGUCACUUGGCGGCUGGUCGCAACGGUGUUAAGCGCUUGCGCACAGUCAGGCAUCCAAACAUCUUAUCUUUCCUACAUAGCAGCGAGGCUGAAAUUUCAGAUGGAUCUACCAUGAAACAUACAAUCUACAUUGUGACAGAACCGGUUAUGCCUCUUUCAGAAAAGAUAAAGGAAUUAAAUUUAACCGGUACACAAAGGGAUGAGUAUUUUGCUUGGGGCCUGCACCAGAUAUCUAAAGCUGUGAGCUUUCUGAAUAAUGAUUGCAAACUUGUUCAUGGUAAUGUGUGCUUGGCUAGUGUUGUGGUGACUCCUACUUUAGAUUGGAAGCUGCAUGCCUUUGAUGUGCUAUCUGAAUUUGAUGGGAAUAGUGAAGCUUCUAACAGUGCAAUGCUGCAAUAUGAGUGGCUUAUUGGAUCACAAUAUAAGCCAAUGGAGUUAGUAAAGUCAGACUGGGGAAGUAUUAGAAAAUCACCUCCUUGGGCUAUUGAUUCAUGGGGACUCGGAUGUUUGAUAUAUGAGCUGUUUUCUGGAAUGAAGUUGUCCAAAACAGAAGAGCUUCGUAACACCUCUUUCAUUCCAAAGUCUCUACUUCCAGAUUAUCAGAGGCUUUUGAGUUCCACACCUUCUCGCAGACUGAAUCCAUUAAAGCUUAUUGACAACAGUGAAUAUUUUCAUAAUAAGUUGGUGGAGACCAUCCAAUUUAUGGAAAUCCUGAACUUGAAGGAUAGCGUUGAGAAAGACUCCUUUUUUCGGAAGCUUCCAAACCUAGCUGAACAGCUUCCUCGUCAAAUUGUGCUGAAAAAGUUGCUUCCAUUGCUGUCUUCCGCCUUAGAAUUUGGGUCAGCUGCUGCUCCUGCCUUAACUGCAUUAUUGAAAAUGGGUUCAUGGCUAUCAACUGAGGAGUUCAAUAUCAAGGUAUUACCAACUAUCGUGAAACUGUUUGCAUCAAAUGACCGAGCUAUUCGAGUUGCACUUCUGCAACAUAUAGAUCAAUUUGGAGAGUCGUUGUCAUCACAGAUUGUUGAUGAGCAAGUUUUCCCUCAUGUUGCCAAUGGUUUUGCUGAUACUUCAGCCUUCCUUCGUGAGCUGACAUUGAAGUCCAUGCUCGUUUUGGCGCCGAAGUUGUCUCAACGUACCAUUUCAGGAUCUUUAUUGAAGUAUCUUUCAAAGUUACAGGUGGAUGAGGAGCCUGCUAUCCGAACAAAUACUACGAUUCUGCUGGGGAACAUUGCUAGUUAUCUAAAUGAAGCGACAAGAAAGAGAGUGCUAAUUAAUGCAUUUACAGUUCGUGCCUUGCGCGAUACCUUUUCUCCAGCUCGUGCUGCAGGAAUUAUGGCUUUAAGUGCCACUAUCUCAUACUAUGAUAUGGCAGAGAUUUCUACAAGAAUCCUUCCUAAUAUUGUUGUGCUUACAAGUGACCCAGAUGGUGACGUAAGGACAAAGGCAUUUCAAGCUAUUGAUCAAUUUUUGCUUAUUGCAAAGCAACAUCAUGAAAAGCUCAUUACAGGAGAUACAAAUGAGACUGCUGGUACUGGAGUACCUUCAAUAGCUGGAAAUGCCAGUUUGCUUGGGUGGGCUAUGAGUUCGUUGACGCUGAAGGGAAAAGCCUCUGAACAUGGCUCACUUGCAUCUGCAAAUGCAACUACAACACCGGAUUUGACUACUUCAAAUCCUAGCUCUGGUAGUUAUGCAGAUACAGCAAGCUCUGCUGUCAACAUCUCGGAUCAGCCUAGACCUUCGUCUCCCACAUCGACAGAUGGUGGUUGGGGAGAAGCUGAUAGUGGGCUUCUCCAAGAAGAUCAUGAUACUGAUAAAGAAGGGUGGGAUGACAUUGAGCCACUGGAGGAACAGAAACCUCCUUCAUUAGCAAGUAUACAAGCUGCUCAGCAAAGGCCAGUGGUGCACCAAAAAUCACAGAAUACAAGUUUCUCUCAACCAAAAACAGCAGCAACCAGAACAUCAAAAGCAGGAGACGAGGAUGAUCUGUGGGGUCCUGUUGCAGUCCCAGCACCAAGGACCGUACCACACAUUGUAAAUGUGCAACCUGCUGCACCAAAAGAGGAUGAUGGCUUGUGGGGUUCUAUCGCUGUGGCACCUCCCAAAACAACUUCGAGACCUCUGAAGACGAAGGCGAGUGCCGCUUUAGACGACAGCGACCCCUGGGCAGCUAUCGCCGCACCACCUCCGACCACCAAGGCAAAGCCAUUGUCUUUGGGCAGAGGCCGGGGCACAAAGCCAGCUUCAGCAAGAUUAGGUGCCCAGCGAAUCGAUCGUAAUUCGUCAGGAUCGUAGGUUAUAUUGGUCAACAAUCUGAAUGCUUUAGAAUUUUGGUGUAAUUUUUUUUUCUCCAGUUGACUGGCUUCUUCUCUCUGUUGCAUGUCUUGUAAUAUUCUUUGCCGACAACAAAAUGCAUGUUUGGUUGGUCCGCUGUACCCUAUGUAUCCAAGCUCUAUUCAGACAAAAUUCAAAACUGUUCAUUCCUACAUUAUUAUUUUUCGAAUGAGAUCCGAUACAGAAUA